GUGUUCUCUUUCAAGUGACAUGAAAGACCAAUCGCCUCAUCAAGGAGUGGUGAUCAUCGAAACAUCGAUAACCCAUUAAGCGUAAAUCGGUUAUUCAACUGUCUUCAGGUUUAUAGACACAAAUCGUACUUCAGAGACGAAAAUAAGCCCGUCUCGACGUAAAAAUGGAAAUAAAAAAAGUUAUAAAAGAAAAUGAUUUAUUCCGAUUCGGAAUAAGCCAAUAAUAUCAAAAUAUAAAAUAGGACAUAAAAUUGGCGAAAAGCACCACGAAAAGCGUCUCCUGCUAGUGAAAGAACCGGCGGUAAUCUUUGAAUGGGCAGACGUCAGAUUCCUUUUAGGAAUACAAAAAUCAAUGAAUCUCGUUCGUUAACGGUCGCCAAUAUGCGUCUCGGUGGCUGUUUGCAGUGCAGUAUGUCUUCACGAAAGACGAAGCGCGCGAUUGUCGUCUGCCACUGGCCGGAACGCUAGUGGGUGGAACAACUCCGAGACUUGUGGUCGGAUGUUUUCGACGCUCCUCGCAAAACUUAGCCUGCAGGUGCCCAUGGUGGUAGAAUCGUAGAGUGGAUCUUUAAUUCGGUCGUCAGUUUGUACCGGACUUAACUGUAUAUUAGAGCUAACAUGUGGAAGGCGUGGCUAUCGCGGACCAUUCUCGAGGUGCUCAGUGUCGUCUUUAUACUGGUUCUACUAGUUCCGGUUCCGGUCACCCCGCAAUACCGCAGAGAUGUGACGUACAGUCGACAAAGAGACUAUGAGGCUCUCCAAAAGUUGAAAAAUAUCAAAAGGCGAGUGUCCUACAGAGUGAUAUCCAGUAAACGGAGACAUAUACGGUACUGUAGACGUUGGAACGACCCCUGCGUGCCGUGGACGUCGGACCCCCAGCAGUCGUGUUGUCACAGACGUCUGGUGUGUCGGUGCAAUCUCUGGAUGCAGAACUGUCGAUGUGUUGCACGUGCAUGGGGGAAGUGACGUGUGUUACACGUGCAUGGGGGAAAGUGACGUGUAUGCACGUGAUUCCUGAUCGGAUUACAGACGACAGCUGUGCCAACAAAUUUUCAUUUUAAUUAUUUUGGGUUUUUUUGUUUAUUUUUGUGCUUAUAAUCUACAUGAGGUUAAAGCACCCUGCCCUGGACGCAUACCUCACCUAUUUGAGUUGUCCGCAUAGGACAUGGGUUUUAUGGUUAGUUGUUAGUGGUUAGUGAAAGAGAGAUGUUGGUGUAGUGGUCUUACACGUUCUCGUUGAGUGGUAAACACUCGCCGUGGGUUGUAGCUGAACUGUACUGAGAUUCGAACUCGGUACCUACCAGCCUUAGGGACGAUGGCUUAACCCCCACACACCACCGUGACCGGUUUCUCACCCAAUAAUAUAAACCAUUUAUUGUCUAAUGGGAAUGGUGGUUUCAGAUCGACACUGUAAUGAACUAUUUAAUUACUUCUUUAAAUAAAUAGUGUUGAAAGAAAACCAUAAAUGUUUUGUUU